GUGCACCAUCUUCUGUAGCUACUGGGAUACUGCAAGAGUGAGUUAAAAAUUUUCUCUUCUUUUUCAGGACAGCUCUGGGCUUAAAUUGUGGAAGAGAAGAUGGUUUGUUCUGUCGGAUUUCUGUUUGUAUUAUUACAGAGACAGUCGGGAGGAGAGAAUCCUGGGCAGUAUUCCGAUGCCAAGUUACGCCAUCUCAGUUGUUGGUCCACAGGAUCGGAUAACCCGGAAAUUCACUUUCAAGGCAGAACACCCAGGAAUGAGAACAUAUUAUUUCAGUGCUGACACCCAGGAGGAUAUGAAUGGCUGGAUCCGAGCUCUGAGCCAAUCAGCACGUGUGGAAUCUAAUCAGAUCAACAUCACCUCAAAGCAUCUUCCUCAGGAACAACGAUAUUACAGCUUUGAAGAUUUUACAAACAGCAGCUUGCUCCAGGACCAGGAAAACAGACACAGCUCCGAGUCCCUGGAAGUGGCUGUGUUCUCAGGCCCAAGGCAGCAGCUGGGAUCCCUGAGUGAGAGGAAGCUGCAGCAUAGCCCACCCCCCCAGGUACAUGCCGUCCCUCCUCCCACUCCCACCAGCGGGCUCCAGGACACGGGCCUACCACUCGAUGGGUUAUCCAGGCCUGGGGAUGACCACCUGGAUCCAGAGCUGAGGGCUCCUCUGUCUCACGUUGAGGAGUGGGUUCUCUCACAGAAAGAGAAACUCCCUGAGGCCCAGCAAGACCAGCCUUAUAUAAUGAAGACCCGGUGCGGCCCUGCGUAUGAACACCUCGCUGACGGUUACCGUGGUGACUCGCAGCUCCUUGAGGACCACUCCAUCAUGGUCAGUCUCGGUUCAGGGGUCAGGCAGCAAAGCCCCAGGGGUCACUAUCUCAACGAGGAACAGGGCAAGGGAUUGCAACCUGAAUCUGAUUCACCGCUCAGGUUCCAACAGAGCUCAGUCCUCCCAUCCAACAGCCCAGACCUGAUCAGCAGCAGAUCCAUCAAAUCACUGCGUUCCAACUCCCUACCUGUGACAUCAGACACUCCGAGAUACCAUGUUCUCAGACGAUCACACACUCCGGAUGAUCAAUAUGUGAUCCUCAUGGAGGGUCUACACAGCCGCCGUUGUAAUGAAACUCCACCUGAGAGAACUUCCCAGAGGCCAAUGGAUAAGGCCCCAGCGUCACAGAGUUCCCCAAUCUCUGGAAAACCCCCUGUCCCAUUCCCAAGAUCUUCACAAAGGACCCAGUCUCCCUCAGAGAGAUCCCAAGAAGAUAUGGCCUUACCCCCGAGGAGCAGCAGGACAUUGAGCAGACCUCACACUCCCGUUGGAAGGAUUGAUAUCCUCCCGACCCCACAGACAGCUCCUGUUGUGAGAAGUAGCUACCUUCCGAUUCCAGGACAGUUCAUGGGGCCUCACAGUUUGCCAGUGAGCAUUAGCCUGCUCCCAACAGAGGAGCAGCCUGGAGAAUAUUACAUCUCAGCACGGGCCCGAGCACAAACACUCAGCCGGUCAUACUCAAGGCCACAAACUCCUUCCGAUCAAUUUGACAUCCUGCCCUCAGAGGAACAUUACAGUUUCUUCUUAAACAAAGCUCAGAGUCCACUCAGGAGACAGGAAAGAUCCUCAACACCGUUUGAAAGGAUGACAGUGAUACCUCGAGAGGAGCUGCAUUUUGAGGGUUCGAGUGUGACAUUACCCAGUCGAUAUUCCAGAAAUAACAGGCCUCACACUCCAGUCGAGAGAUUAACUGUCCUGCCUGGCAAAGAACACCAUGAAACCCCUGUCAGCAAACGUAGCAUACUGGGCACAUGGGAGCAUUUCACCUGCCAAAGUCGAUGCUUUCCACUCUCUCCAUUUCAUUCCUCUCGAACUGACAGAGCUCGCAGCCUCGCGAGAAAAUCGGGAAUUGGCUCCACUUUCACACGACUCCCUCCUCGUCUUCCAUCUACCCCAGGAACUAGCUCCAGUCCCCAGGGCCUGGUUGUCAAGAGAUUAUCCACCAGUUCAUCAGUCCACAGGGAAUACACUCUAGAACCUGUCAAAAUGACCGAAACACCGGUUGAUCUCCUGUUGACAAGGCUGUGUGGGCAGGACCGGAUGCUCCAGGCACUAGUCAAUGAAGCAACUCAACUCCAAUCAGAGAAGGAGAAACUGGAAGGUGUUUGGGAGGAGACACGUUGCCAGAUGAUGGAUUUUGAGAGACACCCAGACGUUGUGGAACAGUUAACGUUCCAACAGAAGCUUCUUCAGGAAGAUCUGAUCCAGAUCCGAGGCAGACUCUGUGAUCUCUCCGCGGUAAUCACUACGGAAUCAGGAGGAGAGUUUCAGGAAGGGGAUAAGAUUCUAACUCUGAGCUUCUUGCUGUCAGCCUGAGACGGCCCUUUGUUCCAAAUCCCACCCCUCAGUUCCAGCCCUGUCCCACUUUGAGAUUUUAA